AGUUGACGCUUGGCAGUGGGGGAGGAAACACGUGCGCUGCCUCCGUCUCGCUAUAUCCCCGUGUGCGCCUUUGCUAGACCUCCUCCUCCUCCUCCUCUUCCUCUCCUCCCUCCCUCCUCCACGCCGGCCAGAUGUCAGGGGCGGACAGCAGUGAGAUAGCAGAGUGGUACCGGGGCAAGAAUGUAUUCAUUACUGGGGGUACCGGGUUCUUGGGUAAGGUACUGGUGGAGAAACUUUUGCGUUCUUGCCCCGUCAGAAGGAUUUAUCUACUCAUGAGGCCGAAGAGAGGCUUAGACAUCAACCAGAGACUCGAGGACAUCUUCAACUAUAAGCUUUUCGACAACAUCAAGAAGACGCAGCCGGAGGUGGUGCAGAAGGUGUUUGCGGUGCGCGGGGACAUCACCAUGGAGGGCUUAGGCAUUAGUGACGAGGACGAGGCGAGGCUGGCGGAGGAAGUCAAUAUAGUCUUUCACGCAGCUGCUACUAUCAACUUCCAGGAACCAAUGCGCGUAGCAGUCAACAUGAACAUGCUCGGAACCAAGAGAGUUGUCAGCCUUGCCAAGAAGAUGAGAGACCUUCAGUCGCUGGUAUACGUGUCCACUGCAUACAGCAACUGCCACCUGCCUGAAGUAUACGAGGAGCUGUACCCUGCGCCCAUAGACCCCAGCAAACUGAUCCAGCUGACGGAGUGGCUGGAAGACGACAUCCUGGAAACUCUCACUCCCCGCCUGGUGUCGCCGCGCCCCAACACCUACACCUAUACCAAGGCCCUCGCGGAACACCUCCUCGUGAGUGACGGCGCCCGACUUCCCAUCGCCAUCGUCAGACCGUCCAUUGUGUGCGGGUCGUGGCGGGAACCGAUGCCAGGCUGGGUGGAUAACCUGUUCGCCUUCACGGGCCUCCUGGUGGGAAUGAGCAAAGGGGUUCUCAGGUCCCUGUACAUCAAGCCUGGUAUUACUCUUGACUUCAUCCCCGUUGACUUCCCCAUCAACCUUAUGAUCGUCUCUGCCUGGAACACCGCUGCUGGGAGAUACAAACCCAGCUCCGUGCCAAUCUUCUGCUGCUCAACGGGGUCACAAAAGCCGCUCACCAGUGACGACCUGGCAAUACACCUGGAGAAGUCCCUGCGUGCCUUCCCCUUCGACUCCCCCCUGUGGUACCCCGACGGCUCCGCGAAGACCAACAAAUUCAUGCACCAGAUCCACAUUUACCUCGUCAACAUCCUGCCCGCCCAUAUUGCAGACACCAUCAUGAGGCUGCUUGGAAAAAAACCCAUCGCCGUCAAACUGUGCAACAAGAUGGUGAAGGCGGUGGGGGCGCUGGAGUACUUCAUGCUGCGUGACUGGGUCUUCCACAACACUCGGUCACAAUGCCUCUGGGACUCGCUCACCCCCGUUGACCAGGAUGAGUUUCACUUUGAUAUAGACUCGCUGGACUGGGGCGAGUACAUUGAGACCUACCAGAAGGGGUGCAAGCAGUACAUCAUGAAGGAGGACAUGAAGGAUUUAGACCAAGCCCGAAGGAAUAUGAGGAAAAUGCACUUCCUACAUCGUCUUCUUCAGUUGGUUUUCAUGUACGGUGUCUGGUGCGUCAUAUCGUCUGAGAGCGCUACUGCUUGCUACUCCGUUUUCUUUAGGGGCGCCGCUAAGCUCCUCUCUCUACCUGUACUGGCGGCGGCUGAGGAGUUUGAAGGGGAGGCUCCUCUAGAAGGCGCAGAUGUUGAGGAUAUGUCCGCUGUGUUAUAGAGCAGCUUCCUAGGUUUAAAAAUUUGGGUUUUGUGUGUGUUUGAGUGUUUUUGACUGUGUGUGUGUGUGUUUUGGUGGUUUGUUUUUUUGUUUUUUUUUGUGAUUUUUUUCUUUCUUUUUUUGUGUGUUCCUCUGGCCAGGACCCAAAAUAAUCAUGUUUUUUUUUCUUUUCUUUGUUUUUUUUUUCGUCUUUGUUUUUUUUAUUGUUUUUUUUUCUCUCUCUCUUUUCUUUACUUCUUUGUUCCUUUUUCUUUUUCCUUUUUUUUUCUUAUUCUUUUGUGCAUUUUUUUCUUUUCUUCUUCCUUCUUUUCCUCUCUUCUUCUUCUUGUUCCUGUUCUUCUUGUUCUUCUUGUUUCUCUUGUUCUUCUUGUUCUUCUUCUUCUUCUUCUUCUUCUCCACCACCUGCACCACCACCUUCACCUUCUCUUCCACCUCCUCCUCCUCCUCCUCCUCCUCCUCCUCCUCCUCCUCCUCCUCCUCCUCCUCCUCAUUCUAGCAACUACCUCCCCCCCUCACCCCCCCUCACCCCCCAAACGCCUUAACUACCUCGUCAGCUCUGGCCGAGGCGCCCCCCCCCCCGGAAAAUUCCCCCCCUCAAUUCCCCUCCCCUCAAAUUAGACUGGGCAUUUUAUUGCUAUGCUGUGUACCCCCCAACCCCCCCAUAGAUAGGUAGGGGGGGGGCGGUGAGCCAGGGGGGCAGGGGGGAUAUAUACAUACCAGCCCCCCUCCCCCCUCACUCACCCCCUCCCCCCCUUUCCGCCCCCCACACCCCAAAAAACACAGUUCAUGCUUGCAGUCUAUUUAAAUAAUGUGUGUGUGUGUGUGUGUGUGUGUGUAUGUGUGUGUGUGUGUGUGUGUGUGUGUGUGUGUACGUGUGUGUGUGUGGUUUAAGCCGAUUGGUCUCUUGUGUUCAUUGCUUAUUCGUUCGCACAGAAUGGAGGGAGAAGAAAGAGAGGGGGUGAUAAAGAUGAGACGUAAGAUAAUUGGUAAUAAUAAAGAGAUAUUUUAAUUUUUUUGACAAAGAAGAUGGAAGAUGAAAAAAGCUGAGCGAUAAAUUACUUUGCUGAGAAUGAAACAAUGAUAAGAGAGGAUGGAUAAAGGCGGGACAUGGAGGAAUUGAGAAUAAUGAUGGAAUAAUGAUGAUUUUAAUGACAAAGGUGAAAAAUGAAGGAAAAAAAACAUUACCUCGAUUAAAUAAAAUCAAAAUAUGAUGGAAAGUUUUGAAAAAAGGAAAAUAAA